AUGACAUCGAGUCUGACAGCCCAGGGCGGCCUGCGUGUGCUCGUCAGCGGCGCAGGCAUUGCCGGUCCCACGCUCGCAUGGUUCCUCGCCCAGUCUGGUGCACGUGUCACCCUGGUCGAGCGAGCUUCGGAGCUGCUGGCACAAGGUCAGAACAUCGAUCUACGCGGCACCGCGCUCAACGUCGUCCACCAGAUGGGCGUGCUCGACGCCAUCCGUGCCUGCAACACCACCGAGAAAGGCACCGAGUUCAUCGACGACCGAGGCCGCCCCUUUGCGACAUUUGCGCUCGGCGAAGGCGGCGGCGGCGCACUCACGACAGAGUACGAGAUCCUGCGCGGCGACCUGGCGCACAUCCUUUACAAGGCCGCACAGGCCCAGCCCGGAGUAGACUUCCGCUUCGGAACGACGAUCGAGCGCGUCGUUGAGAACGGUGAUAGCGCAGUCCGCGUCGAGCUCAGCAGCGGGGAGGAGGUCGAGUACGAUGUGCUCGUGCUGGCAGACGGACAGUGGUCCAAGAUGCGCAAGCAGGUGUUUGGCACCGCGGGCCUCACAGUGGUGGACAAGAACUGCUACGUUGGCUACUACACCGUGCCGCGCACGUCUGAGGAUGGCGAGAUGAGCUGCAUCCAUAUCGCGCCCCGAUCGCGCGUCGUCCUCACCAGACCCGACAAUCACGGCACCACCCGCGCCUCGUUCAGCAUUGUCCCCAACGACGCUGCGCAGAAGGAGGCGUGGGAGCGCGCAAGUCGUAGCCGCGACCGGAAGCUGCAGAUGGAUCUGCUCCGGAGCGAGUUCGGCGACAUCGGAUGGAAGGCACCACGGCUUUUGCGAGAGAUGGACGCCGCAGAUGAUCUGUACUUCCAGGGUGUCCAGCAGAUCCGCCUUGCCAAGUGGUACAACAACAGGGUGGUCUGCCUCGGAGAUACGGCGUAUGCGCCUACGCCGCUGACGGGCAUGGGUACCUCGCUCGCUAUCGAUGGCGCCUACCUCCUUGCUGGACACCUGUCGCAGCUGCAGCCCGGCCAACAUCCUGCCACGGCGUUUCAGGCGUAUGACGAACAGUUUCGUCCGUUCGUAUCCAAGACACAGGCCAUCCCUUUCUUUGUACCUCGAAUCCUGCAUCCGCAAGCGGCUUGGUCGCGCUGGAUCAUCCAGACCCUGAUCGCAACGGCGGCUCGCGUGUCCCGCCUGUCGUGGAUCACCAAGCUCUUUGCUUCCAACAAGCCGACCACGCUCUCCGAUGGGCUGGUCGCCGAGCUCGACGCUCCUUUUCCGAGCUUCCCUGCUUUCCGGCAGUCAUGA